AUAAAAAUAUAAAAAAAAUUAAGAUGAGCAAAUAAUUAUUAUUAGGAGUUUUAUUAUUAGGUUUAGUAUCUUUUUGUCUUGCUUAAGAAGCAUCAGAAUAAUAAAAAAUGACUUAAUGUCAUGCCUCUUGCCAUUGUGAUUAAACUGAAACUGAAUGUGCUUAAUGCAACAUUUGCUCAAGAUGUAGAUAAGAAGAAGGAACUUAAAUUGUUGCUGGUUCAUACUGCUAAUGUUUAACCCCUGAAUGGAGAUAAGUUUAAGGAUCAUGGGAAUGUGAAAAAGUUAAUGUUUCUGUUGAUGUUCCAUAAUGUGAAUGGUAACUUUUCAACUAAAUUUACAAUAUGGUCGUACACUCCAAAUGUAGUCUUGAAAAAAAUUAAAAUGGAAGCAAUUUCAUCUAAGAUGUACUCUCUUAUGAUUGGAGAAGACUUUCAGUUGAAGUUUCUGAAUAAUGCUAAUAAUAAUUAGUCACUAGAGUAUUACAUGCUUAAGAUUGCACUAAUUACUAACCCUUGAACUUAUAAUAUGUUUAUUAAGUUGACGGAACUCCCGCCACCGUUAUUGUAAUUCCUUUAAUUGAUGUUUAUUAACUCACAUCAAACACCUAAUUAACUGAAGACGGAAGAACAAUCUACUAAGUAAUUUGUUUAGCUAUUGAAUUAGGACAUUUAAGAAGAGUUAUUAGAGAACAUAGAUUCUAAAUCAGAGUAUAUACUAACAGAGAUUAAGUCGAAGUUUUCCACUUAACAGUUACCAAAUAAAUUACUGAAGGUUGUGACAAAGGACAAGAAUGUAUUAUUGUUGCCAACUUAGAUACUAAGGGAGAUAUUUGUUUAACAUCUGAUUGUAGUAAUUAUCAUCCUGCCGGAUACGUACCCACUUACACUGUUGGUGAUCAUUUAUAUGUAAGAAUAUAAUUCUUAGAUAACACUUAUACUAAAUACUUACAUGUUGAAAGUGUUAAAUUUGUAGAUGAUGCUGGUAUUUAUGUCUAUUAAAGAAAUGUUUAAUGGUGGACUCUUAGAUAAGCUUUAGGAUCUGUUGAUGUUGAUGUUUUAUUAUUCUAACCUCACGUCAAUGCUCUUGUUGAAGUCGCUUUAAAAAUUGCUCUUAAUGCUGAUGUAUUAAGAGUUUUAGAAGAAAGAUAAGAAACUGUUGCAUAAAACUUCAAGGUUGAAGUCAAGGCUCGUGGUAAAAACUAAGAAAGUGAAAAUAACAACUCUUUCUCUACCUAAUUAGCUUGUGGAUUUGUUUUAGCUGUUUUCGCUU